AUGUCUUUAUUUUCUGAAGUGAUACUGCCAGUCACGGCAUCCAUCACAACCUUCUUCCUGUCCAUCGCUGUCUUCUUCCAUCUAGUGAAUAUCCCCAACCCUCGCAGGCUAAUUCUAUCACCAUUACUCUACAUCCCAGCCGGGGUCUCGUUCUACCUGUCAGAAUGGUGGCCCGGAGAUCUAAACAGCCUCUGGGGUCUGCUCCUCUGCAUCUGGGUCGGUCACUCCACAUCCCUCCUCUUCGUCGAGAAUGACCGUAUCUACCAAGAGGGAGAGUACCUAGCCCGCUGGUCCAAACUCGCACCUCACAUCCAUCCCAAAUUCGUCAAGGGUAUUAAGCUCUGGAAUAACCCACGCCUCCUGGGAACACCGCACGAAUGUAUCCUCAAAAGCCCUAAGCCGGCAAUCCCAUCAGGGCUGCGCGCAUUCACCAUAAUCCGUGCCGCAAAACUCAUCACAUAUAUCGGACUGUACUUCUAUAUCAAAACAUACAUCUUCCCAGGAAUUUUCAUGCCCAUCGAGAUGAACGAAUUCGAUCCGCACCAUCAAGUCUACUUCCGACGUCUUCUAUUACCUUCAUCUCAAGAGGUAAAUGGAUAUGAAGAUGAGGCCGUGACUCUCCGCGAAACCCUCCUGCGCAUCGCCUUCGUCGCCUUCUGGAUAUUCUCCGCCGUCGCCAUGCUAGACGGCGCCCACGCGGCACUCUCCCUCCUCUCCGUGUCGAUACUCGGCUUCGACGCGCCCGCCGAAUGGCCGCCCAUCUUUGGCCCACUAACUCAGGCCUGGAGCAUGCGUCGGUUCUGGGGCAAAUUCUGGCACCAGAUUAUCCGGCGCACGUACACGAAUUACGGCGAGCUGGUGUCGCGGCGGGUUCUGCGGUUGGGGAAGGGGUCGGCCCUGGAUAAGCUGAUUGUGAUUUUUGUGAUUUUCUUCCUGUCGGGGGUCUCGCAUGGGGUUGUUUCGUGGAGAUUGGGGGAUUGUGCGUGGAGGGGUGAUGUUUGGUGGUUUUGUUUGAAUUUUGGGGUUGGACUGGCUGAGGUUUUUGUUUUGGGGGUUGUUAGAACUCUGUUUAAGUCUUUUGGAAGGGAGCAUUGGGUGAAAAGGGUGCAGGGGGGUGUCUUGGGGAGGGUUAUAGGGUAUAUCUGGGUGUUUGGGUUCAUGUUUUGGAGUGUACCCAAGUGGCAGUAUCCAAAGGUUUAUUGUGUCCUGGAGGGGCUGCAGUAG